GCUAUUGCAGUCCACUAACAAGGACAAACCAGAAUGGAAAAACCUGUCAAAAGAUCCAAGAUGAUCCAUGUGAAACGAAGGCCGCUCGACAUGCUAUGAUUGCUUCCGGUGAACAGGCUCUGUCCACUCAACCACCACGCUUUGGAAACUGCUUAUUGAGAAUGGCCUGCUGCUUUCCUUCCUAGCGCUCUAAGCAGUUACCGGUUUCAGCUCUGCGACUCUGUCCGAUCUGCUCGCGCUUGGGAAAUGGGUGACCAAGCUGAAUCCACUCUCAUCUCCUCAAACAAUCACCAAGUUUUCAGGGUGGUAGGCCUCUCCCUCAGGCUCGCAGCCAUACCCCUGUGUGCUGCCUCCCUAUGGGUGAUGGCGACCAACAAGCAAGCCAAUGAAUCGUACGGAAAGGUGGAAUUCAGCGACCUUCCCGGACUGAGGUACAUGGUCUGCAUCAGUGCCAUCUCUCUUGGAUACUCCGUCGUUUCGAUCCUCUUCGCAUGCCUCGGAUGCGUCAACAACGACUGGUUCUUCUUCAUCUCGGACCAGGUUGUGGCCUAUUUGAUGGUGACAUCGGGGUCUGCGGUGGCCGAGGUGCUCUAUCUGGCGCGUGAGGGCGACAGGAAGGCGUCAUGGAGUGAAGCGUGCAGCUACUACGGGAGGUUCUGCGACAGGACGAAGGUGUCGUUGGCGCUGCACUUGGCGGCCCUGCUUUGCUUCAUCGCUCUAUUUCUGGUGUCAUCUUACACAGUGUUCAGCAAGUUCGAAGCCCCUUCGGUUUCGGAUUCUUCCAAAGGGGUGGGAGAAUAGAUUUGGGAUGUGGUAGGUAAUCCUGUAAACGCUUAGCCGUGUCGUCGAAACAAAUCUAGUCCUAACCUAAAGUGCUUGGAUAUCCCUAGGCUUUCGUUAUUAUUA